AUGGUGAGGAAAAAGCAGUGUGCCGCUCUUGUAAAGCUCUACGAUAGGGAAAUCAUUCGAUGUUUGGAACCGAUUUAUCGAGAACCUGAAAAGGGAGAACAUUUCGAUGAAUUGCUUUCCCGCGGACGAAUAGAAGAGCUAAUAGGAGAGUACGAAGAUACUACAAGUUUCUCAUCCCAGUUGUUCCAUGAACUUCAAGAAAGUCCAAUUUCGAAAGCAGAUGAUGAGAGGCUUUAUAAAAGUGUUAUGUCAUUUCUACAAGCGAAUUUUACUGAUUCGCAUGUUCACAAACUACUAAAAUGUUCCGAUAGGACGAUGAGAAUGUGUCAAUAUGGACUUAUUCUGAACCAUUUGGAUGGUUUUAUCAAUUACAUGGACCCAAAUGAAGUACUGACUUACCUCGAUUCCUAUCCCCAAUACCAGGAUAUAGUUCGAGAACUACGAAGAGAAACAGAGAGAAUAGUGCCAGAAGAACAACAACAAAAUACGGAAUUUUUGAAAAAAUCGAUUCUAAGAAUUGUUCCACUACUCGGCGAGUCGUCUGCAUACGAUGUGAUGUAUGCAAUCUAUGACAAGCCAUCGAAUAAUUUGAAUGAGGAGGCUAGAAAUUUCAUUGAAAAGAUUCUCCGUCUAAGACCAGGAUCGUUUGAUGCAUUCUACAGAGAAGUCAGUGAUGAUCGCAGAAGAUUCAAUGGAAACAUUUUCAUCUGUCCGAUCAAUGAAAUCGCUACAGAAAUGAUUGCACGGAUUCCAGAAGUGAACAGACAUCGUUAUAGAAUGAUCAACAUCCGAUAUGACAAUAUCCAAUCAGAACCACCGGUUCCACGUCUCAUCGUAGAAUCCGUCAGGAACAGAAUCCACUUGCAACGCCAACUAUGCUUGCGAAGAUAUCAGCUGGAACUGUGUCAAGUGGCUCUUCGCGGAGAAAACACCAUUGUAACAGCUCCAACGGGAUCUGGAAAAACUGUCAUUGCUGCGAACAUUAUCAAAAAUCAUUUCGAGACAAGAGAUAGAAAUGGGCAACGAUUCAAGGCAUUGUUCAUGACACCGAAUUCGAUGAUUUUGAAGCAACAGUCGGAUAGCAUAUCUUCAUAUCUGGACCAUUCUUAUCAAGUCCAAAUCGUUCAAGGAGCCGACAAUCUUCCUGUUCGAAACGCGGUUCAGACGAAAGAUCUGAUUGUGGCGACUCCUCAAAUGAUCGUGAAUCUCUGCAAUGAGCAUCGAGAUGUGUUGAAAACUGAAAAUGAAAUAGGAAUAGAGCAAUUCUUUCUCUCAACAUUCACUAUAAUCUUCUUCGAUGAGUGUCACAAUACAAUGAAGAACACACCGUAUGCUAGUGAGUGCUUUCCAACUAUUCCAGUCAUUAUGAUAAAUUUUUCAGAUAUCAUGAGAGAAUAUCACACUCUGAAAAACAUGGGAAAUAUGCCAGACGGUCAUCAUCUGCCUCAAAUCGUUGGCCUUACGGCCUCACUUGGAACUGGUGACGGCAAGAACGUUUUAGGAGUCAAGGAGCAUAUUGCGAAUCUGUGCGCGAUGAUGGAUGUUAAGGAAUUGAGCACAGUUAGAGAGAACACAGAGGAACUUCAGAAUUAUUCGCCCAUCAUUCCUGACCGUGAGAUUUUGAAUAGAAAUGACGAGUUUUUGAGUUUUUAUGAAGAGAAUAUCCCUAUCCAAAAUGUUCAACAAAAUGUACAAAAUUCUCUUUUUGAUGAUCGACCAUAUCGACCGGCGGAAAAUUUCCAAUCAGCUCCGAAUGAUAAGGAACAUCCCGGAUAUUUGAAUUGGGCUUGCAAUCAGAUGAAUCUAGUUUGCACUGCUAAAUUCAACAGAGAUGGAACAAAAAUUAUCAUCAAUGAGGCAUUGGAAGUAUUGAAGGAGUGUUACUGGACUUUAUCCUACAACGUAAAUUUCAAUCCGGAGGUUGCACUGCGAUAUUUGAAAAGUGAGCUCGAGUCGCGAUCAGCAAACUUCACACAUCAUAUGUCGAGAAUAUGGGAAAGUAAGUUUCAAUUUUUGCUCCUUUUACUAUGCAUCGAAAUAUCAGGAUACCACAAUCACCUACUAAACUCUGGGACUGCUGAAAAUCCAAUGAUUGAAAAAGUCGAGCAAUUUAUUGUUGAUCAGAACGAGCAACGAGGAGAUUCACGAUCGAUCAUUUUUGUUCGAACACGUUACGAGGCGACGAUUCUGAACGAGAUACUCAACAAGAGGGAAACACUGGAACGACUGGGAAUCAAGUCAGAAUGGAUUUCUGGAUUGAACAAAUCCACGUCUUCAAGCGCCGAUAUCAGCGCUUCGAAACAAAAACAAAUGGAGAAGUUGCGAAAGUUCGCUACUGGAGAAAUCCGAGUUCUCGUGGCAACUUCGGUUGCAGAAGAAGGUUUGGAUGUUGCCGAGUGUAAUCUGGUCAUCAAAUACAACUAUGCCACUAACGAGAUUGCUCAUGUUCAAAGAAGAGGCCGUGGUCGUGCGAUGAAUUCAACAUGUGUCCUCGUAACGAACAGUAUACCACUUCGAGAUCAGGAAGGAGCGAAUCGAGAUAAAGAGAAUAUGAUGAACCAAGCUCUUUUGAAAAUCACUACAAACCCUGGUGCCUUCCGAGACGCUGUUAUGGCUGAAAUAGGAAAUAUCUGGAAUCGAAUUCAACGAGAGGAUACUGAAAGAGCACGACAAAUUGCCGAGCAAAUCAGUCGAAAUGUAACGUAUCGAAUCGUUUGCAAAAAAUGUGACGUAUUCCUAUGUACGAACAGCGACAUUCGCGCAAGAAAUACUCAGUAUUUGGUUUGUAGACCUGAAUUCUGGACGCUUGUUCAAAAAAUCAAAUUGACGCCUGGAGAAAUUGCGACGAAUAAGUUUCAUUCAACGGGAAUGAUCAAAUGCCUUGGAACCAACUGUGGAGCGAUCCUUGGACGAUUGAUAGAUGUCACUAAUACGGAACUACCUUGUUUGUCUGCAGAAGCGAUUGUUUUGAUCAAUGAGCAUGAAGAUAAAAGAAUUCAGGCCAAAAAGUGGAAGAAGGUAUUUUCCAAUUCAGAGACAAUUCUCUCCGAUCAUUUCACGCCUGUUGAGAUACGACAACUCGAUAUCCAGAAAAUGAGAGAUGCCAAUCAAACGAGAACUCCGCUGAAUUUCGAACUGAAUCUCAACGGAAUUCUGCAGAAUAUUAUUCGAGAAGCAUGA